AUGUCGGAAUGGUCGCGAGAAGAGACGAUUAUCAUGCUCUACUUUACGUCGCGAGGGCUCCAACCGAAACCAGUGCGUUCGCUCCUCCAGCGCCGGGGCUACGACCGAUCGACUCGCGCUAUCGAGCACAAGAUCUCCGCCAUCACUCGUGAUAAUCCCCAUUUGAGACCGACCAGAGGUCAGUGGGAUCUGAAUGCGGUUGAUCGGUGGAUUGAUGAUUAUCUUCAGGACCACCAGUUGGUCAACAAGCUGAUCCAUUUCUCCUCUCCAGGAUGCUGA